GAGGACCCUGAUCCCUGUGUGCCGGGUUGGGUUGUUUUCAGAAUGUUUUCCAUGUGUAGUGUGCGUGCCUCAGUUUCCCCGACGUGCUGCACGAAGAACGAGGGGGAGGGGCUGGCAUCUGUGCAGAAGGCUCCAGAGAUCCAAGGAAACUGAGGCACUUGCUAUCUGAACACAAAUAGUCUGAAAACCCCCCGCUUCCUCCCGCCCUGGGCCGGCGGGGCUCUCAGGAGCUCUGUCCGGCCCCUCGAGUGUGGGCACCACGAGGGCGUUCGGGUCGAUGGCGGCCCCAAGCUGGCACCAUGGGCACUUUGCCAGUCUCCGGUGCCACUGGGACAAGGCGGGUCAGAGGAGCAAAUCUCUAGGCUUGUUUGCCAGGGGCGUCUUACGCGCCAAUUUCAGGUCCGGCACCAGGGUGGGCGUGCAGGGUAGAGGUCUCAGGAGCACAGGUUGGCGUGAUCCAGGGAUACCCCAUGGCUAGAGCACCGCUGGGCGUGGCUGGGGGCUCUGGCAUUGGGUGCUGACCAUCCCAGGUGGGUGAGAACCCAGGUGUCCUGAGGACCUGGCUUCACUUCCUCUCUUCCCUUGUCUCCUGCCUUCCUUCUCCAGACCCCGCCCCAUCUCCCCCUUCCCUGCCCACCCCAUGGCUCCCCACCAGCCCUGGCUGCUGCUCCUCCUGCUGGCCUCCUGGCCACCCCCGGGCUCCUCUGAGACCCGCUACCAGCCCGGGGACCCCGUCGUGCUCUACGUCAACAAGGUGGGGCCCUACCACAACCCCCAGGAGACCUACCACUACUACCAGCUGCCCGUGUGCUCUCCGGAAAAGAUCCGUCAUAAGAGCCUGAGCCUUGGGGAGGUCCUGGAUGGGGACCGCAUGGCCGAGUCCAUGUAUCAGAUCCGCUUCCGAGAGAGCGUCGAGAAGACGGUCCUGUGCGUGAAGACGCUCACGCUGGAUCAGGUGGAGCGCCUGCGGCAGGCCAUUGAGGAGCUGUACUACUUUGAGUUCAUGGUGGACGACAUCCCGCUGCGAGGGUUCGUGGGGUACAUGGAGGAAAGUGGCUUUCUGCCCCACAGCCACAAGAUCGGGCUGUGGACCCAUCUGGACUUCCACCUGGAGUGGAACGGCGACCGCAUCAUCUACGCCAACGUCAGCGUGCGGGACGUCAAGCCACACAGCCUGGAUGACGUCCGUGGGCCUGGGCCCCUCUCCCUGACCCACACCUACAGUGUCCGCUGGUCCGAGACAGCCUCGGAGCGGCGGGGGGAGCGGCGGGGCCGGGGGGAUGAUGGGGGCUUCUUCCCCCGCACCCUGGAGAUCCACUGGCUCUCCAUUAUCAACUCCAUGGUGCUGGUCUUUCUUCUAGUGGGCUUCGUGGUGGUCAUCCUCAUGCGGGUGCUGAAGAACGACCUGGCCCGGUACAACCUGGACGAAGAAGCUUCCUCCUCCUCCUCCGGGGAUGACUUCGACCACGGCGACAACGGCUGGAAGAUCAUCCACACCGAUGUCUUCCGCUUCCCGCCCUGCCGCAGCCUCCUCUGCGCUGUCCUGGGCGUGGGCAGCCAGUUCCUGGCACUGGGCACGGGCAUCAUCGCCAUGGCCCUGCUGGGCAUGUUCAACGUCCACCGGCACGGUGCCAUCAACUCCGCCGCCAUCCUGCUCUACGCCCUGACCUGCUGCAUCUCCGGCUACGUCUCCAGCAACUUCUACCGGCAGGUCGGGGGUGAGCGCUGGGUCUGGAACAUCGUGCUGACCACCAGCCUCUUCUCCGCCCCCUUCUUCGUGACGUGGAGCGUGGUGAACUCGGUGCACUGGGCUAAUGGCUCGACACAGGCCCUGCCGGCCACCACCAUCCUGCUGCUGCUGACGGUCUGGCUGCUGGUGGGCUUCCCCCUCACUGUUAUCGGGGGCAUCUUCGGCAAAAACCGGGCCGGCCCCUUCGACGCACCCUGCCGCACCAAGAACAUCGCCCGCGAGAUCCCACCACAGCCCUGGUACAAGGCCACGCUGGUGCACAUGACCAUUGGGGGCUUCCUGCCCUUCAGUGCCAUUUCUGUGGAGCUCUACUACAUCUUUGCCACGGUGUGGGGCCGGGAGCAGUACACCCUCUACGGCAUCCUCUUCUUUGUCUUCGCCAUCUUGCUGAGCGUGGGCGCCUGCAUCUCCAUCGCCCUCACCUACUUCCAGCUCUCGGGCGAGGACUACCACUGGUGGUGGCGCUCGGUGCUCAGCGCCGGCUCCACCGGCGUCUUCAUCUUCCUCUACUCCGUCUUCUACUACUCGCGCCGCUCCAACAUGUCGGGUGCGGUGCAGACCGUGGAGUUCUUCGGCUACUCCCUCCUCACUGGCUACGUCUUCUUCCUCAUGUUGGGCACCGUCUCCUUCUUCGCCUCGCUCAAGUUUAUCCGCUACAUCUAUGUCAACCUCAAGAUGGACUGAGGGACCCUCUCCAGUUGGC